AUGGCUACUUUAACUACAACAGCAGCUGUUUUACCAACUAUAUCAUUAAAAGUAAACUACAAAGAUUGUAAAGAAAUUAUACGAGAUUUUAUAGAAAAUUUUAAAAGUUUAUCAACAAUAGAUAUAGAAGAAGAUGAAGAUUUAGAUAUUGAUUCAGAAGAAAUUCAAAUAAAUAAUUUACAUCAAGGUAAAUAUAUGAGAAUUUUACAAAAAAUUUCAAAUAGAGAUGAAACAACCUUAAAUAUAAGUUUAGAAGAUUUUAAAAAAUUUUUACAAAAUUAUGAUUCUGAUACUACAUCAUUAUAUCAAGAAUCUAGAAAUUUAUUUAAUACAGUUAUGACAAAUACUUAUAGAUUUAUUGAAAUUUUUAGUGAAGUUAUUGAUAAAUUAAUCCCCAAACCAACAAAAGAAGUAAGUCAUCAUGAUGAUGUAUUAGAUGUUAUAUUAAAUCAAAGAAAAUUAAGAAAUGAAAGAUUACAACAAGAAUCAACUGAAGAAUUUAAUUCAUUAAGAGAUGGAUUAUCACAAGAUAUUGAUGGAUUUGAAAAUAUAAAUGAUCCAAAUGAUUUACAUUUAUUUCCUGCAAAAUUAACAAGAAGAUAUUGUUUAUAUUUUACUCCUCCUUUGUCAGAUCAUGAUAAAUCAUUAUCUGUAAGACAAACAAAGGGAAAAUAUGUUGGUCAUUAUAUAACAGUUAGAGGUAUAGUAACAAGAGUAAGUGAUGUUAAACCAAGUGUUUUAGUUAUUGCAUAUACUUGUGAUAAAUGUGGUUAUGAAAUUUUUCAAGAUGUAAAUUCAAAAGUUUUUACUCCAUUAACUGUUUGUAAUUCACCAGUUUGUUCAGCUGAUAAUAAUAAAGGUCAAUUAUUUAUGUCAACAAGAGCUUCUAAAUUCUCAAGUUUUCAAGAAGUUAAAAUUCAAGAAAUGUCAAAUCAAGUUCCUGUGGGUCAUAUUCCAAGAACUUUAUCAAUACAUGUAAAUGGAACUUUAGUAAGAUCAAUGAAUCCUGGUGAUACUAUUGAUGUAAGUGGUAUAUUUAUGCCUCAACCUUAUACUGGUUAUAGAGCUUUAAAAGCUGGGCUUUUAACUGAAACUUAUUUAGAAGCUCAAUAUGUUAAACAACAUAAAAAGCAAUAUGAAUUAAUGGAUUUAUCAAAUACUAUAGAUUCUAAAAUAAUGGAAUUAAGAUAUGGUACAAUGGAUAUAUAUAAUAAAUUAGCAAAAUCUAUAGCACCUGAAAUUUAUGGUCAUUUAGAUGUUAAAAAAAUCUUGUUGCUUUUAUUAUGUGGUGGUGUAACAAAGGAAAUUGGUGAUGGUUUAAAAAUUAGAGGUGAUAUAAAUGUUUGUCUUAUGGGAGAUCCUGGUGUUGCUAAAUCUCAAUUAUUAAAAUCAAUAAAUAAAAUUGCUCCAAGAUCUGUUUAUACAACAGGUAGAGGUUCUUCAGGAGUUGGUUUAACAGCAGCAGUAAUGAGAGAUCCAAUUACUGAUGAAAUGAUAUUAGAAGGUGGUGCAUUAGUAUUAGCUGAUAAUGGUAUAUGUUGUAUUGAUGAAUUUGAUAAAAUGGAAGAAACUGAUCGUACAGCAAUUCAUGAAGUUAUGGAACAACAAACUAUUUCAAUAUCAAAAGCUGGUAUAACAACAACAUUAAAUGCAAGAACUUCAAUAUUAGCAGCAGCAAAUCCUUUAUAUGGUAGAUAUAAUACAAAAUUAUCACCUCAUGAAAAUAUAAAUUUACCAGCUGCAUUAUUAUCAAGAUUUGAUAUAAUGUUUUUAAUAUUAGAUCAACCAAAUCGUGAAAAUGAUGAAAUGUUAGCAAGACAUGUAACAUAUGUUCAUAUGCAUAAUAAACAACCAAAUAUAAUAGAUAAUGAAGAUGGAGAAGAAGAAUUUGAAGCAAUUGAUUCAAAAACUAUUCGUGAAUAUAUUUCAAAAGCAAGAACUUUUAGACCAAUAGUACCAAAAGAAGUUGGAGAUUAUGUUGUUCAAUCAUAUAUAAAUAUGAGAAAAGAAUCUCAUAGAAAUGAAGGUUCAAUAAAAAAAUUUAGUCAUAUUACACCAAGAACUUUAUUAGGUAUAUUAAGAUUAUCACAAGCAUCAGCAAGAUUAAAAUUUUCAAAUAUUGUAACUAUGGAAGAUGUUGAUGAAAGUUUAAGAUUAAUUGAAGUUUCAAAAUCUUCUUUAUUAUCAGAUCAUGAUGAUCUUGGGUUAAGAGAUGAUGAAUCCACCACGUCAAAAAUUUUUCAAAUUAUUAGAAAUUUAUCAAUUGAUGAAUCAACUGGAAAUUUAAAGAAAAAUAUCCCCAUGCAGCUUAUAAAAGAUAGAGUUAUUGCAAAAGGUUUUACACAACAACAAUUAGAUGAUUGUAUGUUUGAAUAUGAUGGAGUUGGAUUAUGGCAAAUCAUUGAUAAUGGUGAGACUUUAAUGUUUACUAAUACUGGUGAUGAUAAUGAAGCAAAUGUAAACGCAAAUUCAAAUGGAAAUAAUAUUAGUGAUGAUAGUGAUGAUGAUAUAUUCAUGGGUUGA